UUGUUCUCACAUGAAGUACAUGGCAAUAACUUGCAUCGAUAAAUUGAUUAGCGUUGAAUUUUGUUGAUAAUUGUUGAGCAAGCUGACCACAUAAAUGAUGUCCCUUUUUUUAUUUAUUUUAGAUUAGAUUAGAUGAAAUUGAAGUUCAAUGCCACAAGUAUUUCAGCUGUUUCAAUUUUCAUUCGAUCGCUGACCACUAGAUGGUAGGAUAUUUUGUUUUCAUUUCAUCACUUAUAACACAUUUUUUUUUCUUGUUGAUUUUGUGGAUGUGAAUCUUUUUUUUUCCAAUUUCCAAUGUUUUAAAAUCAGUGAAAGAAAAUGUCAUAUGGCUAUUUCUAUAAUCAUGCAUUACCAUCGAUUAUUCGACAAAUUCGUAAGAUUAAAAAAUUUCAUGAACCAAAAUUCUAUGCUGUAGCUGUUGGCCGCCGUGUUGGUAUCUAUCGUUCAUGGCCAUCAUGUAAAGUUCAAAUUGAUAAUAUAUCGAAUGCAAAAUAUCGACGUUUUGAUACACAUAAUGAAGCGAUAGCUUAUUUAGAGAAAACACCGAUAGAAACACCAUUACCAUUACAAGAUCACGAAUUGUUGACGAAAACAACAAAAUUUGAUCAUCAUCAUCAUCAUCAUGAUGAUAAUAUCGAAAUGACAUCAUUAGAUUCUGAUUCAUCAUCAAUCGUCUAUAUUGAUGGUUCAUGUUGGCGUAAUGGCGCACCAGAUGCUUGUGCCGGUAUCGGUAUUUAUUGGCCUGGUUCACCUGAACAGAAUCAAAGUCUUACAAUCGAUGGACGACAGACUAGUAUUCGUGCUGAAAUUUGGGCAGCAAUAUAUGCAUUACGGCAAGCCAAACAACUGGGCCUUAAUGAAAUUAUCAUUUAUUCUGAUUCGCAUUUUGUCAUACAAACAGCAACUGUUUGGUUAUAUAAAUGGAAACGUAAUUGUUGGAUGACAUCAUCCGGUUCGGAAGUGAAAAAUCGUUAUGAUAUGAUGGCAUUGGAUGAAUCGAUUCGACAAAUGAAAAAAGUAAUUUGGCGUUCAGUACCCGGUCAUUCUGGUGUGCCGGGUAAUGAAGAAGCUGAUCGUUUAGCUAAUGCUGCCAUUGCUGAUCAAGAACAACAGCAGCAACAACAACAACAACAACAACGUAUAACGAUAGCUAAUUCUGAAUCAAUAAUUGUAAAUGAUCCAAAUAAAAAUGAAAAUGAA